ACAAUAUAGGCCUACUCACUGAACCACCUUGCCUAUUGUCUUUGCACCUUGCUUAUUGUGUCAGAGAAUUCAUACGAUUUAAAUUGGUGUAGCUUACAUAGGAAGUGUUUGGAUUUACAUAUUGCAAACAACUCAUCUAUAUUAUAUUUUACCACGUCUGCUCGCGGACCACUUGGGAUAGCUUGCAGACCACCAGUGGUCCCCAGGACCACACUUUCAGGAACACUGCUCUACAUGCUCUGCAUCCCCAGCGGCUACCUCCUGCUGGCCAUCUACUCCAUGGUCAACAUGAACAACGUGUCCUGGGGGACCAGGGAGAGCGCUGGACCAAAGCCAGCCGCCAGUGCUGCUGCUGCCUCCACUCAGGAACACGUUGAGAGGAGUGUCAAGUUUGAGAGAAGGUGCAAGUGCUGCCGCUGGAACCUGGGGCUCCAGGUUGGCGAGGACCAGGAAGAGACGGAGGUAUUACCUGUCGGUGCUCAGCAGACAGAACCUGUUUCAGCCAGUCACCAAGAGCCAGAAGAGAAGAAAAGCCACAGAGAAGAUCCAGGGAGUCACUGGAUUGCACGGCUGGUGAAGAAAUCCAGGAAGCUGAAGCUGGAGAGACAUUAUCUCGAUAAAGAUGAAGUGCAGUUUUGGGAAGGCCUCCAGGAACACUAUCUAAAGCCUCUGGACGAGGAUAUGGCAAGGAAGAAGAAAAUUGAAGCUGACCUUAAAGACCUUAGAAACAAGGCCACAUUUGUCUACUUCGUCUGCAAUGCCCUCUGGCUUGUGGCUACAUUCUUCCUGCAGGAGAUAGGAGGGGCUGUCAGUAUCCGGAUUCCCAAGAUUUAUACCAAUGGGACAAUAGAUCCAAAUGGGCAAAUCUUCUUCGAUCCCAUUGGCUUAAUGUUUGUCAUUGGCUUUGCACUUAUACUUUUGAUCUAG